AAAAAGCAACCCUACCUAUUGAUGGCGGAUUGACGCUUUUCGCUGGCAACAAAAUUUUCUUUUACGAGUAAUCAAAAACGGGCACGCCGCAAAUUAAGCAAAUAAUUGUGCGUGUUAUUAAAUCGCAUACUGCCGACGUUUAAAAAUAAGUGCAACAGCAUUUUAUUUUAGUGUAUUAUCAUCAAAGGCAUAAGUGUACGGCACGAGCAGUAUUUUUUUAGUUACAGCUAUGAGACGUCGUAGCGAACGAAAAAAAUCUACAUCGCCUGCACCUUUGCCGGCACGUCGCAGUCGCCGAUCACUUAAAAUAUCGGAAAAUGAAAGAACUGAGGAUGGGACGCUUGUAGAAAAAAUAGAAGAAACUAAAGCGCCUCCAAUAAUUGAAGAAAUCAAUGAGGAGCGCAGAGAACAGCGAGCGUCAAGCGAAGAACAUGCAGUCGCAUCGCCAGUGCGCAAAAGCCGCUCAACACGCACGACACCUAAAAAGCGCCAAAGCGCUAGCAGUCAGCGGGAGAAAAGUAGUGAGCGUAAGGUGGAAACCAUACCUGAGGAAGUUGAAAAUGGCUCAGAUGCGCCGGUAGUAGCGGAAGCGGAGACGGAUUCUGAAGCGAGUUCCACCAAAAAGAAUUCCGAUAUCGAUAAACAAGUAUCGGUCGAAAAGGAAAUGAGCAAGAAACCCGAUGAGCCGCAAGCCGAACAGAAACAGCAGCAGAUCGAAGAAAAAAUAAAAUCCGAAACAGAUUCAGCGGAUGUCAAGAAAAAGCCGAACAUACAGGUAGAUGACGAGGAGAAGUGCAUGAAGGAACCCAAUGAUGAGGAAGCGGACGUUGACGGAACGAAGGAAACGGGAAAGGGGAAGGACAACAGAAGUGAGCGUACCGCGGAGGAAGAGGUAAAAGUUGCGUCUUCUUUAAGCUUAACAGCAAGUAAGGAUGAAGUACAUCUAAAAACCACAAGCGAUGUAUUAGACAUUCAAACAGAGGACAUGGAAGAGAGGAAUUCUGAUAGACCGGAGCCAGACCAAGGGGAUCAGCCCAAAGUGGAUGACAACAAAACACCGGUUAAAACUGAUGAGCCGAAGGAGAAUCAGAAGGAAACCGGCGAGCAAUCCCUGGAAAAGCAAACUAACAAGGAACAUGCAAACAGCGAUAAUCUGGAAAACGUUACACAACAGCGGUCCGUGAGGAAACGCAAAUGGCUGAGCAAAAAAGUGGCCGAACGUGCGCCACCCGUGUUGGCUAUAUCAACCGAUUCACUCAAGAAUAUUAUAGCAGAUGUGGUCAAUCCAGUGCCACUCAGUGAUGUGCAAUUGGAGUCAUCAUCUGAAGAGGAGGGACUCGUUACCAGCGAUCAUGAAACAGACGAACGAUCGUUGACCCCCGAACUGCGUGUCAUAAAAGAUCGCGAUGAGGGCAAUGCGACCGAUGAGGAACAACAUCAACAGAAACCGCAACCAAAAUCGAAUCAUGAGAAGGAAUCGGUGCCAACAACGGUGCCAGCUGCAAGUAAAACAGCAAUCGAGCCCGCCGUGUCAAAAACUAGUGCUGUCGCCCGAUCACCCAGCCCGGCCCGUAAUCGUGCCAGCCAUGUGCUCUUCAUUACCAAUUUGGUGCGGCCGUUUACGGUGCUGCAGCUGAAGGGUCUGUUGGCGCGAACGGGAAAGAUCGUCGAAGAAGAUGGAUUCUGGAUUGAUCGCAUCAAGUCGAAGUGCUAUGUUGCGUAUGAAACAGAGGACGAAGCGAUUGAAACCCGUCAUGCUUUGCAUGGUGUACGUUGGCCAGUGUCAAAUCCCAAGUGCUUGAACGUUGAUUUUGGCAGUCGCGCAGACAUGGAUCGUGCUAUACAAUCUACAAAGAACGAGGCACCUAAAUAUCCGCAAGACAAUACUAGAGAUAAUCAGAACGCUGGUAAUACUUGGUCACGUUUGGAUGCAAGCGAUAAAAAGCCAGCACGUCCAGUGCGUGAAUGGGAUGUGGGCAAAAAGGAGCCGAAUGAGCGCGACAAGUCAAGCAAUGACAGACGUCGCAGCAGUAAGGAACGCGUUGACGCCAGAUUGCGUGAUUCCGAGCGUGGUAAAGUGGGCGAUGAGUUAGAGCGCGGUGGACAGGAUCGAAAACGAUCACGAGAGCGCGACCGCGGAGGACGCGAGCGUGAUCGCGAACGCAGCGAACAACGUGUACAUGGACGCAGCAGGAGCGGAUCACCAGCGUUAAAGUCCAGAAAGAAGGAGAAUGAGCCACCCAUUAGACUAUUGGAUGAUUUAUUUCGCAAAACAAAGGCGACGCCUUGUAUAUAUUGGCUGCCUCUGACACCGGAAGCUAUUGCCGAAAAGGAGGCGUUCCGUCAGAAGCGUAUUGAAGAGCAUAAGCAGCGUAUCAAGGAACGUGAAGAGCGCCUCAAAGAGCGCGAACGUGAAAAGGAUCGCGAUCGUCAGCGAGAUACUCGACGCAAUCGAUCAACCGAGCGUCGGCGUUCGCGCAGUCGCGAGCGGGAGCGACGGCGUUACUAGACAGUAACUAAAUGAACAACCGAAAUAAAACUAAAACAAAAAAGUCAACUCGACAACAAUUUUAAAGCAACAAUUAACUAAAAA